AUGCGCCCCCGCGCCGCCCCCCGCAGCCCCGCCGGCCGCGCCGCCGCGCUCGGGUUCUGCAGCCUCCUCCUGCUGCCGCUGCUCCGGCCCGGGCACGCGUGCCCCGCGGGCUGCGCCUGCACCGACCCGCACACCGUGGACUGCCGCGACCGCGGGCUGCCCAGCGUGCCCGACCCUUUCCCCCUGGACGUGCGCAAGCUGCUGGUGGCCGGCAACCGCAUCCAGCACAUCCCCGAGGACUUCUUCAUUUUCUACGGCGACCUGGUGUACCUGGACUUCAGGAAUAACUCGCUGCGCUCACUGGAGGAGGGCACGUUCAGCGGCUCGGCCAAGCUGGCCUUCCUCGACCUCAGCUACAACAACCUGACCCAGCUGGGCGCCGGCGCCUUCCGCUCCGCGGGGAGGCUGGUCAAGCUGAGCCUGGCCAACAACAACCUGGCGGGCGUGCACGAGGACGCCUUUGAGACCCUGGAGUCGCUGCAGGUGCUGGAGCUCAACGACAACAACCUGCGCAGCCUCAACGUGGCCACCCUGGCCGCCCUGCCCGCGCUGCGCACCCUGCGCCUGGAGGGGAACCCCUGGCUCUGCGACUGCGACUUUGCCCACCUCUUCUCCUGGAUCCAGGAGAACGCGUCCAAGCUGCCGAAAGGCCGUGAGGAAAUCCAGUGCUCCGUGCCCCCGGGAAACAGGCGGAUAUUCCUGCACGAGCUGUCCGAGGCCAGCUUCAGCGAGUGCAGGUUCAGCCUGUCGCUCACAGACCUGUUCAUCAUCAUCUUCUCCGGGGUGGCCGUGUCCAUUGCUGCCAUUAUCUCCGGCUUCUUCCUGGCCACCGUGGUGCAGUGCUGCCAGAGGUGCGCGCCCAACAAGGACCCGGAAGACGAGGACGACGAUGAGGACGACUGAGCCGCCGCCUCCCUUCCUGGCUUUGCGGGAGCCCAGGCCCGGCUCCCCUCCACGCGGAGAGGGAAGAGGGGAGGCGGGACGCGGGAAGGAGUCAAUCUGCCGCAGCCCAAAGCAGCCCCUGCCCCUGGCCGUCCGCCUGGCUUGCCCCUGGCCACGCCCCCUGGGACCUCCCAUCUCGGAGUUUAGAAGCUGCGGGGGGGGGGGGGGGCGGAGGA